GGGCGCUUUCGCACAGUGUGAAGCAACAAGUUGCCCUGGCAGGCAGGCAGGCAGGCCGGCGGCACUCCAUCGUGUUUCCGGCGGCAGGUGGUCACCGCGCGUCCAGAACUCACCGCAGCUUGUGAAUGGGAUUAGGACCGCGGAGCCUUCAGAGCUGACAUGGACGGAGUAGAAUAACUUCUUUGAAUUAGAGCGAACAUCUUUUUCUUUUCUCUAAGAAGCAGAAAGAGGAUUGGUAAAUUUGUAGAUACGUUUUUUUUUCUCCCCACCGGGUUGCGCGUCUCUGCGUGCGUAAUGCUCUCCGCGUAGAGCCUUCCUAUACCUGUUCGUUUUUCUUUUCUUGAAUGUUCUCGUGUUGUAAAUAAUGGCACUCGCCAGAUUCAGCAAAAUACUUCGUCUGCCCACUAUUGAAAUCAAGAAGAAGGUCAAGCAGUACGAGCACGUCCACCGGGACAUCAAUCCGAACGACAUAUGGGAAAUACUUGGCGAGCUGGGCGAUGGCGCGUUUGGAAAAGUCUACAAGGUCAGGAACAAAGAGACAGGAGCUCUGGCUGCGGCAAAACAGAUCGAGACAAAAUGCGAGGAGGAGCUGGAGGACUACAUGGUGGAGAUUGACAUCCUGGCUAAAUGUGACCACCGCUACAUUGUCAAGCUGCUCGAUGCAUUUUACCAUGACAACAAACUGUGGAUCAUGAUCGAGUUCUGCCCCGGGGGUGCUGUGGAUGCCACAAUGCUCGAGUUGGAUCGUGGGCUGACGGAGCCGCAGAUUAAGGUGGUUUGUCGCCAGAUGCUGGAAGCGCUGAUCUACCUCCACAGCAUGAAGAUCAUCCACAGAGACCUGAAGGCCGGCAACAUCCUCCUCAUGCUGGAUGGGGACAUCAAACUGGCUGAUUUUGGCGUGUCUGCAAAAAACACCAAAACCCUGCAAAGAAGAGAUUCUUUCAUUGGAACGCCAUACUGGAUGGCCCCAGAGGUGGUGAUGUGCGAGACCAUGAAGGACGCUCCAUAUGACUACAAGGCCGAUAUCUGGUCCCUGGGAAUCACUCUGAUCGAGCUCGCCCAGAUUGAACCCCCGCACCAUGAGCUCAACCCCAUGAGGGUGCUGCUGAAGAUCGCCAAGUCGGAGCCUCCCACCCUGGAGCAGCCGCACAAAUGGUCACAGGAGUUUAAAGAUUUCCUGAAGAAAGCCUUGGAUAAAAACCCAGAGACUCGUCCGACUGCGGCACAACUCAUGGGGCACCCUUUUGUGAGUUCGGUGACGUCUAACCGUCCGCUGCUGGAGCUGGUGGCCGAGGCCAAAGCUGAGGUCAUGGAGGAAAUCGAGGACAAUAGAGAGGAAGGAGAGGAGGACGACGCCAUGGAGCUGACUGGGUCUCCAAGCAAGGAGCCAUGCCAGACCAGUCAAACCAGUUUGGAAGGAGACCAGCCUCCGGACACCCCGAGCCCCACCACACCCUCCCCAACCACACCGACACCGUCACCCAGGAAGGGGGCCGAGCCAGACACACCAACAGAGGAGCAGCCGGGCUCCGUCAUGGUGGUCCCGGUUCCCCUACCACGGCAGAAUCUCCCUCCGAAAGAUCCAGAGGAGCUGGGCAAGAGUCUGGCUGCAGAAGUCACGCACUCAAAGAAGUCUAAGAAAUCUGAGAGCGAGGCGUCAACCAAGACUUCCAGCUCAGAUUCGGGCAUCGAGGAUGGCAAGAGUACCCCCACAUCAGAGGAGGAAAAGGUUGCUGUGGAGACCCCAGAGACAGAACAGCCGCCAUCUCUCCCCCAGCCGGUGGCAUCCGAGGAACAUGUUGACAUCAUCAUAGACUCGUCUAACCCGGAGGCAACUCCAAGCUCAAGUCCCUCCAUCAGUCCCGCUCCCUCCUCUGCUCCCACCCCAGUACCCACAUCCCGUUCUGGGCCGAAUGGCAGCCUAACCAUAGGCACCCCACAGCGGGCGUCGACGGGAGGGAGCGCUGAGACCGUCUCACCUUAUAUCAAUGGAGGGAUUUUAAACAAGCGGUACUCUUACUCAGGCAGCGUGGCGUCAGAGAGCAUGGACCUGUCCAUCCACAGGGAGAGCAUUUCGUCCGCAAGGGACUUCUCGAGGAAGACUCUGAAGCGAACCAGGAAGUUUGUUAUUGAUGGCGUGGAGGUGAGCGUGACCACCUCCAAGAUCAUCAGGGACGACGAGAAGAAGGAUGAGGAGAUGAGAUUCCUGAGGCGUCAGGAGCUACGUGAGCUGCGUUUGCUGCAGAAGGAGGAGCACCGCGCUCUGGCUGUUCUCAACACCAAACUGGAGACGCAGAGAGAACAAAUGCAGAGACGUUUUGACCAGGAGAUGAAUGCCAAGAAGAAGCACUACGACGUGGAGCUGGAGAACCUGGAGAAGCACCAGAAGCAGACCAUUGAGAAGAUGGAGGCCGAUCACAACGUCAAACUCAAGGACGAGACCAAACGCAUCAAAGCGGAGCAGGAGCGCGACUACCACAGGUUCCAGGAUCAGAUCAAGCACAAGAAGAAGGAGGUAAAACAAGCUGUCGAUAAGCUGCCCAGGAGUCAGCGUAAAGAAUCAUUGAAGCAGAAGAUGAGUUCUUUCCAAGAAAUGAAGAUAAGGGAGGAGAACAAUUUCUUGGCAGCUCAGAAGAAGCACCUUGACACCACUCUACAAAGGAUCAUCUCCAAUAACAAGAGAGAGAUUGCAGAGAUGGAGAGGGAAUGCCUGAACAGGAAACACCAACUAAUCCGAGAGCGUGAAGCUACGAUAUGGGACAUGGAGGAGAAGAACCUUUACGAGAGACACCACUUACUGAAGCAGCAGCUGAAAGACAAGUCCUUCCUCCAGAGGCACCAGCUCCUCAAAAAACACGACAAGGAGCAGGAACAGAUGCAGUGCUACAAUCUGCGAAUGAUCGAGAUUCUGAAAGCUCGGCAGCAGCAGGAGAAGAACCGGCUGCCGAAGAUCCAGCGCGGCGAGGCCAAGACCCGCAUGGCCAUGUUCAAGAAGAGCCUCCGCAUCAACUCGACGGGCAGCUCCUCCGAGGACAGAGAGAAGAUCAAACAGUUUUCCCAGCAGGAGGACCGGCGGCAGAAGGCUGAGAGGCAGCAUCAGCAGCAGAAGCACGAGAGCCAGAUGAGAGAGAUGGUCGGCCAGUGCGAAAGCAAUAUCAGAGAGCUGCAGCAGCUGCAGAAUGAAAAAUGCCACCUGCUGAUCGAGAACGAGACUCAGAAGCUCAAGCAUCUGGAUGAGCAACACAACCAGCUGCUGAAGAACUGGAGGGAUCAGCUGAAACCCAGGAAGAAGGCCCUUGAAGAGGAGCUGAACAUGAAGAAAAGGGAGCAGGAGGCCUUCUUCAGGAUGAGUGAGGUUUCUGAUUGCCCAAACCCAAGUUCUCCCAACAAAGUCUCCAAGUUUGUGCCUUACCAGGAUACUUCCGCCACAUAAAACGAGCCGCUGUGAUGGUCCACCAUGUCUCCUGGCCAGCACGUAGCCGCAGACACCCACAGGCGUUACAAGUGCCUGCUGCCUCCGGUUUAAUUGGCUUCGCCUGUAAUGGCAGCAUACUUAUCCCUCCAAUAGGUUCCUUAAUUGUUUUAGUGAAUAUUUAUGUUUUAGCUCAUGUUCUAAGGUUUUUCUUUGAAAAAGUGUUGUAGUAUUUGAUUCAAAACUCAUCACAUGCUUCGUAUGAAUCGAUAACAGAGUAUCGGCUCCCAUACACUGUUUUAAUUUCUUUAACUUCCACCUGUGCGACACAAGUCAUAUGAUACAGCGUGGGUGAGCUGAAGAUACCAAACUAAUUAUUAGUCUUAGUUAUUUAAAAAAAAAAAAAAAACCCAACCCUGUUUGGUUGAGAAGAAGUAGCUUGUGGUCUCUUAGCACCCAGCGCAGUCAUUUCUUUUUGCAUGGAGGCAGGAUGUUUGUUUCUAUGAAAGCUGGCGAGCCAGUAACUGAGCACUUUUUGUUUACCCCAAAUUAUCAGUGCCGUCUUCCAAACAGCAUGACCAAAAAGACCCAAAGAGUAAUCAUUAACCAGCUUCUUUCUAUUUCGCCCCCAUCUCUGUGGGCCUGUUUUGUCUAUUAAGUCAGAUGCGAGUCUUGCAGCAGAUUAAGUCUGCCUUUAUUUAUUUUUACUGAAAAAGAACAACCUUACCCAGAUUCAUCACUGUAAAGGCUAACUUAAACAUCGUCUCUCUCUUUCUGAAUCAACGCACUCAUGAUAUGAAGGAUGUGCUUAUUAUUUUGUAUCAUUUUUGAAAUGGGGGACGAGGCUGAAUCCAGAUCAGAUUUAAUAGUUUCUUUUUAAAUGAUUCUUUAGGAAUGAGAUUUUAACAGACAAGGGAAGACUAAUUGUUAUUUUUCUGUUGUAUUUUUUUUUUUACUGUAAAUCAGUCACACUGGAUGGGAACUGACAAAGCCAAAGCAAAAUACUGUUGUUGUUGUUUGAAGGAUGCUAGAUAGGGGAUAUAUCAUUUGAAUUAAAAAAAUGUAUUAAGUGUAUAAUUGUUAUACCGUGUGCAGUAAAUGUACUGCCUGCUAACCAAAGUGCAAUACUACGUGUAUGUCUUUAGCUUAAAGAGGUUUAUUUUUUUUCUUAAACUUUGCCUUCUUUUGCACUGAGAGGGGGAAUAAUAUGAAGAGUAUAACCCCAAGAAUGGAGUUUUAAAAGAAACGGCAUUGCUUAAAAAGGAUUCCAUCUUCAGAAUUUGUAGUACUUGGGAAGCAAUAAUUUAGGAUAUCAUUUUUCAAACGAUGAUCUGAUUUUGGAACAUGACUCUUCAUAUCAUUUCUACGGGAGUGCAACAAUUCAGUCCGCUGUAAGAUGCCUCUGGGUGUUUAAUGUUUAACUGAAACCUGAAGCUUGCAGCUGAGGAACUUGUUGCCUUGAUGAGCGAGAGAACAUGUUUUGUUUUUUUUUUUUGUUUAAAGAGUAGUUUGGCCUGCACAUUUACAUUGAACCAGGUCAACAAUCAGGUACCGCUAAAUCUCUCUCUCUCCCUCUCACACACUCUCUCAGAAGUAUUUAAAUUUCUUGUAAAAAUUCUCUCUCCUGUCAUGUUUCACGUGCGUCUAUGCCUUCCUCUCUGCCUCAGUUUACAUGAUGUUUGCAUGGAGGGGUUGUGAGUGUGAAUGAAACUGUAUCAGAAGGAACCACUGUUGUAAAUAACUCUUAAUAAAGGCAGAUUUUCUAAUUA